CCUAUCACAUGCGCGCGCUUUGUGUUUGAGAAUGACGGGUCCAAUGAAUAAGGAGUCAAUAACCUGAAAAUGCCGCAAAAUACCACAGAGCUCUGGAAGACGAAAGGAGAACGCUAUUUCAUGAAACCCCUCACUAAAAUGCCACGUGAUUGCAAUGUAUUCAGAACGAAUUUUGGCAUGAAUACUUCCAGCAUUGUUAGCGUAAUUCUGAACUAGACGCACUCAUUCAUUUUGAAAGGCAAAAGUAGACACAGUCUGUAUGACUUGAGAUAUACUGAAACGGGGGCUAAUUUAAACUAUAAAUCUUGUGUAGUUCGGUUAUUUUGAGAAAGUUUAUUGGCACCAAGGAUGAGUUCCUAUUUUGUUAACUCUCUUUUCACUAAAUUCAAAGGAAGCGACUCUGUACGUGCCAAUUACUACGAGUGUUCUGGAUAUACACAAGACCUUGGCGGCAGACCAUCUGUGCUAUAUGGACACAAUACAGGAUCUACUUUUCAGCAUGCGACUCAGCUCCCGGAGUUUUAUCACCACGGCGCAUCAACGUUCUCCCAUGCAUCUUACCCGCAGAGCCAGUGUCCAGUAACAUACCAUGGAGAACCCAGCGUAAACCUCUUCGGACAGGACGGUUUACAGAGGCAGCCCUUUGGUGGCAACCAGGAUACGGAUUUAGCUCAACUCGGGGACUACAGUUUAAAAGCAGCCUGUAUUGGUGAUGAUCUAGAGAGUGCAGAAGCGUGUCCAACACAACUCUUCCCGUGGAUGCGACCGCAAGCUGCCGGACGAAGGCGGGGCAGACAAACGUACAGCCGCUACCAGACGCUGGAGCUCGAGAAGGAAUUCCUCUUCAACCCCUACCUGACCCGCAAACGUCGCGUCGAAGUGUCGCAUGCGCUGGCCCUCACCGAGAGGCAGGUGAAGAUCUGGUUUCAGAACAGACGCAUGAAGUGGAAAAAGGAAAAUAACAAAGACAAGUUCCCCAGCAGUAAAGCGGAACAAGAGGAGAUUGAAAGACAGAGGAAAGAAUGUACCAAGGAUUCAGGAAAACACACAACCAGAGAGGGGGACUCAGAAAAAGUGUAAUUCUGCGAAGAACAUGAAAUUAUAGUAACAAAUAAAUCUACAGCAUUUUCACAUUAGCUUCGUGACAUAUUUGGAGUAGGCUGAACACCUGUGACACGGUUUAUACACUAGUUCUCUAAUUAAGCUCUGUCAAACAUAGCGAAGUAUUUUUUUCUCUUUGCAUUAGCCCACUAGAAGUAUAGAAGCAACAACAGCCACAACAACCACAAAAAUAGUAAUAAUAAGUAUAUGAAUGCACUACAAGCGAAACGUAAUAUGGUUGUCGUGUAUUAAUUUAUAAUAAUUCAUUAUUUUUUCUUACCUCAGAAGUACCUAGUCUGUGUGUGUGUGUG